AUGACAAGCAGCGGAGGCUUCAUCAAAAUUCCAAAGUCAGACGAGGAAGCCUUGAUGACAGGCGCUGGCCAUGAUUCCAAGAAGCGUCGAGCGGAGGCAAGAAAGAAGAGGGAGUCGGAGGAACUGAUGAAGAAAGCAGCCGAGGAAUCCCUCAAGAAGCGGGCGAAGAAGGCUGGCAGUAGCAGCGCCAAGUGA